UGUGAUGGCUUCAUCGCUGGCUGGACCAGGAAACUGGACCCGUCCAGUUUACUUUGUCAUUGCUGAACGCACGGUGAUCUCCCAAGGAGCCAUAAUUGCCAUCUGCCUGGUGGUCGUGGCCAUCGUGGCCGCAGCUGCUGCAGCCAUGUGCUUCAUCUACCAGAAGAAGAAACGAAACCCGGAGGUUCCCAAUGGGCUUCUUUACUCUUCAACUAAUCCAGAAUAUGUCAGUUCAGUGUAUGAACCCGAUGAAUGGGAAGUGCCCCGCGAGUCCAUUCAAGUGGUAAAGGCAUUGGGCCAGGGCUCUUUUGGCAUGGUCUACGAGGGGCUCAUCUACAAUUUGAAGCCGGAAAAACCAGAGACGAGGUGUGCCAUAAAGACGGUCAAUGAAAGUGCCUCAAUGCGUGAACGAAUAGAAUUCCUCCAAGAGGCAUCCGUCAUGAAGGCCUUCAGUUGUCAGCAUGUCGUCAAACUGCUAGGUGUGGUGUCCAAGGACCAGCCUGUGUUUGUCCUAAUGGAACUCAUGCUGAACGGUGACCUGAAGACUUACCUACGCUCACACAGGCCGGACAAUGAUCCUAACGAUGAGGCCACUCGACCACGAGGCGCUCCUCCCACGCUCAAGCAGAUCCUACAGAUGGCAGCCGAGAUAGCAGAUGGAAUGGCGUACCUGACAGCGAACAAGUUUGUGCACCGGGAUCUGGCCGCUCGUAACUGCAUGGUGGCGGAAGACCUGACGGUCAAGAUUGGUGACUUCGGCAUGACACGAGACAUUUACGAAACAGACUACUACAGAAAAGGGGGCAAGGGCCUGCUCCCCGUACGCUGGAUGGCCCCUGAAUCGCUCAAGGAUGGAAUUUUCACCAGCCACUCGGAUGUGUGGUCAUAUGGAGUAGUGUUGUGGGAGAUGGCAACACUGGCCUCCCAGCCUUACCAAGGUUUGUCUAAUGAGCAGGUCCUAAAGUAUGUCAUCAGUGGCGGUAUCAUGGAAAAGCCAGAAAACUGCCCUGAGAAAUUGUACCAGAUCAUGAAGCUGUGCUGGGAGCGCAUCCCACGAUCAAGACCAAAUUUCACGCAAGUCAUCGAGAUGCUCUUGAAUGACGUGGGACCUCACUUUAAGGAGGUCUCCUUCUACCACACCUGCCACCUCAAGCACCAGGAGAGGCGCUCCUCGGUGCCUACAGACAAGAAUGGUGCUGGUGCCACAGCUGGCGACUUCGACGAGGAAGAAGAGGAGGAGAACUUGACAGCAGAGACUCCGCUCUGCAACGCUCCGAGCACCGCUUCGGAGCAGCGGCCUCGUGGCUUUAUGCCAGACGUGUCGUCACUCAACGACAUGGAUGAAGACCACCUGCAGCGAUGUUUCUCUGACGAGAUAGAAGACGACGAUGAUCCCGACAUGGACGCGGCCGAUCUAGCCUUGGGCUUGGCUGCUGGUGACCCGCCCGUGUCAGUGUUCAUGGUACCGUCGCAUUGUGGACAUAAUUCUCCUCUGCGUGAGGAACAGCAACAGCAGCAGCGGUCAGGUGACGAGCUCCCUCCCUCCGAUGGGAGCAAGGGGAGUAAGGUGAGCAACCUGUCCAACGGGAGCAUUGUGAAUGGACGCAUGUGCUUUCCGCAGCUUGGAAACCGGACUACUGCAUGCUAGCACUGGGCCACCUGAGAGCUCAAAGGUCUCAGGGGUUUUCCGCACCGACACGGCGGUCAAGGGGGUGAAGGGGUUCCUCCCAUUCCUCGCCUUCUGCCAUCACCAAUGUUCCUGUUCGCUCGCCAUGCAAGAUGGCGGGCUUCUCGCAGGCACCAGCUGGGCUGCUUCACUCCCAUCAGCCACACCACACGACAGGGGCCAUUGCACUGGCAAAAAAAAAAAAGAAGGCCCAACAGAGUGCACCGUGCGUUUGUGUUGGUCCUGAUGUGACACACCUGCUGCCGUGAGGUCCUUGUAGUAGCACACUUACUUAAUGCUGCUAAAGAACACACUGUGGAGAUUCUGUGUUCUCAGCAUUCUUUAGGCAUUGGCAGGGCACGUGAAUAGAUAGUCUGUGGCAGGCCUUGCAAGGCCCAUGAGGGAAGUGUGGGUGGCAGUUGAAACAACUGAUAGAGGCUGCACAAGUGGGUCACGCUUGUAGGGCGGGACGGCUUCCGUCGAAAGCCUCAAUGGUUGUUCCAUCUGUUCUGACACGGAAGUGUAGCUUUAUGAGAUUUCUCAUAGAAUGUCACUGUAACAGCUAUGUGGUUUUUGUGUGCAGGUCUAUAGUGCUUAUUCAUGCACCUGAAAGGGUCACUUUGGCUAUGAAUCACUGCUGCAGAUGCUCACGCCUCAUUUGCUUUGUCAUCGGCACAGAGGUGCUGUGAGCUCCACUCACAAUUUAGACGAAAGAGGCCGUCGUUACUGCGAUAAUCGCUCCACUGUGUGUUUUGGAUGUGCUGAAGCACGUCUUCAACGAACGCACAACUUGAAGGCCUGCCAUGUAUCGUGCAGACAUCUGUCCAGUUGCAGUCCAUCACACCGCCUGACAUUCGCGCUGUAGUGACAGUAACAUUAGCAAGUCGCUGCCGAGCCAUUCUGGUCGUCGAUUUGUAACAGCACACGUUGCGGCAAAAGAAAUUUUGACGACUGCAUUGUACCCUUUUAUCGUUGCUGGAACUAUGUGAGUGCCUUGUUGUGGUUUGGUAAAUCAAACUGCUUGAGAGCAUGCAACACAACAUUUCUGAAAUGAAUAAUGCCUUACAUAGUUUCUAGCAUGGUCAAGUGUAAUGACCGUGGUCUUUUGUGCUAGCGGACAAGGCUGCAGUUGCACUGACUAUUAUCAUUUCUCUUGGGGUGUCAAUGAAAAUGAGCUAGUAUUGAUGAAUCUUUUCCCUCAUGAGCACAUGGAAUUUCAUGAUCGAAGUCCUGUGAGAUCUGGUUGUCAAAAGUGGCUACGAAGUCGCUGCAUGUGGGCUGCUCUGUUCGUGCUAUUUUGGCAAGACCACUGGAGCAGUGAUCUUUUUAAUGAGAUCAAUUGGAUUACCUUUGGCAUUCAGAGUUAUUAGGCAGAAUGUUUAUUGUGAAAUUAGUUUACCAUUGAAGGGGGUGUAUUCAGCCUAUACUUCUAGCAACAUACUUUCAGUAUGACAAUACUGGCCACAUUACUUUUCAUGUCAUGUCCAUUCAGUUUAAAGUGUCAAUUUUGGCAUGAAUUGUUGAUGUGUAAGCACAAUAUCAUUUGAGGCAUUCAGAGAGUUUGAGGUUUCAAUGGCAAACAUAUUUUCCUGCAGUUAUUCUCAAAAGCUAGUCUCAUUACUUCCUAUUUUCACUGAACAAAUGUACUUAGGGGUCGCUGCAUUCAUGUCAAGUUGCACUUACGCACACUACUGGCUUUGGGAAUUCUCCCAUUUCAUGAAUAUACACAGGCCUUGUAUAUGUUUUCAACUCUUCUGCUUCAGUGUCAAAGCGUUUUUUUCAAAGAGGAAGGUAUUAGGGUAACGGCACAAGGUAUACAAGCGGGUAAUGCAUAUUCGCAUGGCAAAAGAAAUUUUUUUUUCUUAAAUCAUCUUUCUUUCACUUUUUUUUAUGUGUGUAGCUGGGCUGACUCUUCAUGUCACCAGCUUGUUUUUAAGUAUUUUAUGCCAUGACGGUCAUCACCACAUCUAGUCACAUCUUUUGCUUCAUUCUUUGUUUGUACGUAAUUAUGUAAAAUAGCUUCACUGAGCCUCACCACUACGAUAUUGCUGGCCUUUAAGAUCGUGAUCAUUCAUGUGGAGAGUUUUGUUCCUACUUCAUUAUAUGUAGUACAGAACGAAUGAAGAGUGGGCCAGUUGUACUUUUUUUGUCACCUGUAAAUUUUUUCCAGCCUCGUUUGUUGGUACCUGUGGCAAGGUGAAAUUUCUAGCGAUAACUAUUUUUUGCAGUUGUCUUGUUCCAUUUGCUUUUGGCGAGUCUCCAUUCGUUUCUGGUUUGCUCGGCGACAGACUGAUUAGCACGAGCCAUUUUUCUUUUUCAUUUUUUUUUUUCUGGGCACCAGGUUUUGCUUAAGAGCUUUCAGUGCAACUGCUGCCUUAUGUUCAUGAGAAUGUUUCUCUUUGCGAAUCUUUUCCCUUCAUGCAGCACAAUUUGCAUCAUAAUUAACUUCAUCGUCAACUUUUGUCGUAGCACAUGUGAUGACCAAAGGACAGGAACAAUGCUGUCACUGUGCGCCGUAACUUGUGGUUGUGCGUCAGCACGAUUGUUCAAUAAAUAAAACCGUUACAUCUCUCGAGCUACCCUAUACAACCUGUAGCACGCUUGUCACAUGCCUAGCAUUGUGUGCUGUUGCAAACUCGUAAUCCAGAUGGGUGCAGUCAGUUGGCAGUGGCAGAACGACAUUGCUUUCCAUACGGGUGUUUUUAUUACCUUCACUUUGUUUGUUUGUUCAUGUUGCUUUACCAUGGUUUUGUUGUUUACAAUGCUUUGAUCACAUUAUUUUUUCUCAUUUGAUUCCCUCGCAUGUUCUCCUCCCCAUCCUUAAUUUCAUUUAUAGCAUCUUUCUUUUUUUGCUGGCCUUGUAUUAUUUGCAUUUUUUUAUAUUUAGUAUUGUGAACUGUCGCGAAAGGCUGGCGAAAACAAAGCAUGCAUGUACUACCCACUUUGUGUUGUGUUGAUCUUCGGAAGUAUUUGUGCCAUUGUUUUUAGUAGUCCUUAUAAUCAAGUGUCAAUUGAAAGCAUCUUCUCUUUCACUAUUCACCCUCCUCUCCCCCAUUUGUGCGUGCGAUGGUGCCAAAGAUGGUGUCAAGAAAAGAGUGCUCGCUGGGAGGAAAACGGUGUUUUGCUUUGGUUCGCCUGUAGUACGUUCACACCCUUCCCUGUACUCUCAUGCCAUUGCUGUGAGUUUGCUCUGCAUCUCCACGAGUGUUUCUGUUGUUUAUUCUCUAUCUCACUCUCUCAGUCUAGUGGCAUGCAUCUUGCAAAGCUUUCAGACCAUCACACAGUUUUGUGCUUUGUUCACAUCAAUCUUGUGGCUUUCUAGGCCAUUCUUAGUGUAUGCCGCACCGUUGGCACACACUUUCUCAGCUUUAUCUGGGAUUUCCCUGGCUGUCACUUCAAUGUGGGACUGCCGGAAGAGGUCUUGUCGAUUGAAUUUGAAGCAUUGCACAUUACAUGGAGGCAUCUUUAAACUCUGAUGAAAAUUAGAUGUGUACAUAAGAGGCAAUCACUGCGAUUCAUAGUUUGUGCUCGUGGUGCAGUCUGAAGAGAAACCAUGAAAACUAACACUAAGCACACUGACAUUUGAGCAUUGAGGAGUAAUAAGCCUUGUGUGUAGUAAUGUGAAAAAGGAGUUAGCAUCCUAUCUUACAGUUGCUUUUAUACUUUUAUCCUUUUCUUGGAUAACCUCCUAGAUGCCUGCAUUUCACCUAGCUUAGAUAUGGCCCAUUUGCAUUAGAUAAUCAUAGAAAUCCCGGCCUACUGCAUGCAUCAUGUAUAAGUCGAGCUUUAUGCUUACUUGCCUGAUAUCGUUUCAAGACAUGGUGUUUUGGAAAAUUUCAGUAGCAUCCUAAAUGGUGAUGGCCUGUUUUCUUCAGCUGAUCUCUCGAAAUCAUCAUGCACUAAAUAUUCUUAUUGAGUCGACGAAAUUUCAGGCAAAAUUAAGGGAUAGCCUGUUUUUAGGACACUUCAUUGGGUAGAGCUUCAUUCCUGAUUGCUAGAACAAAACCCAUCAUCAUCCACUUUGCCAUCUGUGCAUAUUUUCUUGCUAUCAACUUGAUGUAAUUUUUUUUAUUGUGUUAUUGCUUUUGGCUUAUGCACCUGCAGCUUGAAUAUGGUAGGGACAACUUCAUAUGCUUCGAAAUUCCCCCAUUGCUGCAUAUAGCCCUUUGUGCAGAAUGUUCUUUUGAUUUAUGACGUGUCUUAUAGUAUGCCAACACGUAACACAUUUCUAUUAUGUUAUGUGCUGUUUUGAAGCUUGCUUGUCCAUGUCCAUAGACUAUGUCUGUAGACUAUGUCAAUAGACUAUGUCUAUAGACUUGUCUGCUGAAUAUAUAUGUUUUUUUUUUUUGUAGCUUGCAUUAUUUCUACCAGAUUUAACAAUUUGACGCACUUCUUUUGUGGGCCACUGAUUUUCACUGUUGCAUUCUUUACUUGAUUUUAUCUUUUAUUAUCUUUAAUUUUGACAUAUCAUUCUUCCGUGGCUAAGGUUUACUUUCAUGCAGGCUAUGUUCCUAAAAGGCGCUGGUUUCUGUCAGAUCUGUCAAGUCAAGGUACAUUCCAAACGUGGUGGACGCUUACUGCCUUUCUUUUUUCUGUAGAGUUUAGAAGGCAGACUUGCCUGAACUGGUGAAACUUAGACAGCAAUCUCUAUGGUCACGUAUGCUGAGUGAAAGUCAUCGUCCACCUUGGCUGAGAGCGAAAAAAAACAAGUGAUUUGAUUUGCCCGUAGAGCAACUGGCAGCAGAAUUGUGGCUUACAUUCUUUUCAUAGUGUCUCUUCUCAUUGAAAGCAAACUUUCAAUGCUGUAAUUCUUAUUUUUUAGAUGUAAUUCUUGAAAUUUAUUCCAUUUAAUGGUUUAUGCAAGGCUGAGUGCCUACAGCUUCAUGAUUUCAUUCAGUCCUUGCAACAUUAUUUUGGAGACACUACACUUAUCACUUUAUUAUGAUAUCAAGCAUAAACUUGUGAGCUAAGUAGAAUGCCUAGCUAUACUGCUGCCUGGAGUGCCCUAGUUUUAAUGUAAAUGGUCCCAAUUUAAUCAUGCAUUCUUGUUUCUCUUGCACACUUUUUUAGUGAAUUUUAGUGGCAGCGCAUCAUCUAAUCAUGCUACAAUUGAAAUCAUAUGAUACACUCAUUUACCUUUUAUGUAUUGGCACACUCUUUCUGCCAAAAGGCAAAACUAUCUUGCAACAGCAAAGUGCAAUUGGGAACUCAUGUUAUUGAGUGAUCAGAACAGAGCUGCAAUCAUUGUACACAGCCUAAGGUGAGAUUAGGUUUGUAAGGAACGCAAAGAAUCGUCAUGGCCACAUCUCACAAGAUUCUUUGAGCACACCCUCUUUUCUGCCAUUAUGGCGUCUUUCACUCCUUCAGUCAAGAUUUUUCCUGGUGCAUCUCUCACCUUCUGCACUGCCUGGGCUGGCCCUUGUGAAGUAACGAUUGUAGGAGAACUCUGUGAGCCUGUUUCGUGUGGUUUGUUGGUGGUUAACUUUUGUGUUCAUACGUGUACACAAGGUGCAUAUUGUGUCCGCUUUGCAUAUACGCACACAUACUUUUUGCUUUCAUCUUAGCAUCAUCAACAUUGCAACAUAAUCCCACUGGGCAGCGCAUAAUGUCAUCCACAGAACAAAUAUACACCAUUUGCGUGCAUCAUUAUCAUCAUGCGUUUCGAGACAUUUGCACGGCAGCACUAAACGAGGGUUCCAUAUGCCUGAACACUGAGUUGGCUUGAAUCUUGUAAGUUGGUGCACAUUACCUUCUCUUUCUCUCUGUUGCCCUCUCAAACAGAAGGAAAGAGAAGGCAAUGUUUUUGCUUUUUUUUCGUGAGCACACUUGCAUUGGCAACAUUGGCAAUGCAUGAGGCACUCGUGCAUUUGUCUGGACAGGGCAGUUGCAUCCUUGCCAAGAGUUUGUUGUCCCCAGCAGCCUGUUCAUCAUGGCAUGGAUGCAUUGCUGAGAGUGUAGGUUACAUCAUUUCCCAUUUUUAAAUUUCAUGUAUGCGAGACUCUCCAAAAACUCGUUUCCCCUCUCAAUGCCCUCGCCUUCUCUCCCUUUUUUUUUUCUCUUUAUACGCUUGAAACCUGUGUAGCACUUAGAGUAUCUAGCUGUUCAGAUCUGCCACUUGCUCAGUGCUACACACACACACACACACACACUAUACACAUUUAAAGCCUGUUCCUUAGCAGCGCGCAAGAAAGUAACGAGGCUCUCAAAAACUCUCACUGAAUUUGAGGCCUGUAUAUGUGUUUUGAAGUUUGUACACUGUGUAUGGCUAUGCGUGUCUGAUGUUAUGUCUGCAGUGCCGCUUUUCCAUCUCCGUGGCAUCGGGAUGGAUGUCAAAUGUAUACGCUCUAUGCUCUGUGUGUGCAUGUCAACUGUACUUAAGGAAAAUAUAUAUAGCAUGUGUAUCUGUGUAGGAGAGGUCAGGACGUGUGCAAGAAUGAGCACACUUGGGAGAGACGCUGUUUGCACGUAUAAAUCGAGGGAAAGUGUGAAGUAUGAAGCAUCAAGGACAGCAUUCAUUUAAACGGCUGCGGAGUCAGUUGACGCACUCCUUUUUGCGACAGCAGUGCGUACAUGCACUGACCACCUAUUCACAGUUUGCAGUUGGCAAACUUCAUGUAGCCACCAGGCACUGAUGAGUCACAUCUCCCUCUUUCUUUUUUUUAAAUUCAUUUCAGCACUUCAGCAUGUACAUUUCUUACCAUAAUUCAUUCUUACUUUUAACGACAAAAGAGGUAUAUCUGUAUGGCAUGCGUUUUUAAGAAAUGGAAGUUUUCCUGCCAUUGGUUUUGGCACUUUUUUUUCCAAUGUUCGUGUGAUGUAUAUAGCUUGUAUUUAUUUCAUCUGAAGCAGCUGUGGAAACGUGUGCGUGACAGUGUUUCUCCCUUUCCUUAUUAUAUUGCCUUAUCUCUCCUUUCACUUAUGAGAGGUAACCCCUCCUCUCAUGUGCGUGUACAUAUGUAAGAUAGGACACUGAAUCAUCUUGUGUUGGUAUGCGACAUUAUACCAUUACGUGUAAAUAUAUACAUAUGUAUUGUAUAUGGGGGUCGUUGAACCCACAUUGGACUUCAGUGCCAAUAUUAUGCGUCAUAAUAAACCAUUAUUUAUUUCUAUAUGCUGCAAA